AUGAGGAAAGAAAUUCCUGUAGCCGUCAACAUUUCAAAUGCUUUUUACAUUCUUGACCCAGAGAAUAAUCUUGGUGAUACUCAACGGCGUAUAACAAACUAUGUUUCGAAGUUUGGCUGGAAUGGAGUGGUUGGCAAAAUUCCUGAACCAGACUUAGUGAAGGAGGCUCUCCGAGCGCGCGAUGUUUUUUUCUACAUGGGUCACGGCAGUGGAUCGAGGUACUUUAGUAGGCGAAUGGUCAGCGAAAGCACGAUCAAUGCCGUAGCUAUACUGAUGGGAUGUGGAAGGUUUGUUUAGAU